CAGAUUUAAUUUCGGAACGCAGAAAGGAAUCUAAAAUAUUUCCACACUUUCAACCGAUGAGAGUUACAUAUUGUACGUGACAAAGUUGAACGAUUCACAAUUCUGGAGCAGUCUGCCACCAGAAUUACAACAAAUGAAGACAAAUCGUGUUGCAUCCGACGCAAUUAAAAAGUUUGUCAGGACAUACUUCCGGUGUAGUAAUGGAAAACGGUAGAAAAUGGAAAAUCCCGCAUCUAUACGCCAGAGCUUGGAGAAUGACGCCAAAUAUGGAACAAUUUAACUGAGUAAUUUGAUGCCCAAAAUCAAUCUCCAUGUUUCAUAAGAUGCAACACAAAGUUACCAUUUUGGUAGCACCUGCUCUUGCCAAUAGCAGCUGCAACCAUCCUCGGUAUAUGCACAUUACGUUCUUCUCCGCUUUAACUUUUGGUGAUGUUGUCCAAGCAGUUCUUGUUCUCCUUGUCACCGUUGGUGUUUUAGGUGCAAACAUGUUGUUAAUACUGGUUAUCAAUAGUAGGAGGUACUCCAAGUAUAUUCAUUCACAGCCACGUUACCUACUCACGUCUUUAGCAAGUAAUGACUUCGCAAUGGGAUUAUUUGUCACGCCGUUCGCCAUUGUCCCAUCCCUAAGACACUGCUGGCCCUACGGCGAGCUGGUCUGUCAAAUCCAGGCACUACUAAGAGGUGCUAUCAGUCAACAAAGUGCUGUGAUACUAAUUUGUAUGGCUAUGGACAGAUACCUUUGUAUGCUGUACCCUGCAAGAUACCACAAACAUUCCAGUAAAAAGGGUUGCGUGGCGCUCAUCAGCAUGACAUGGAUCAUGUCUGUAACGUUGUUCUCAAUCUUGGUAUUACCCCAUGGCGGUUUCUAUUUCAAUCCUACCGGGAUGGUGGCUUGUGAACCAUUUUACAGUCGCGCCUCCACACGAAUAUUAGUCGCAUGCGGCUUUUAUUUCCCCACAACGAUGAUCCUAAUGUACUGUUACGGCUCCGCGUUUCACGUCAACAAGUUGAGGCUAAGGAAAUCCAUGACGACGGGGAGAGGUAAUUCAGUGCAGAGUCCGGAGGAGUAUGCACAAGCGACCAGUAUGGAGAAACUCUUAACCCAAGAACGAAGGCUGAGCACCACAGCAUCAAGGACAAUGGCUGCCAUGUCGUUAGGCUUCAUUGUUCUUGUAACACCUUGGACUAUUCAAGAAGUGGUUGCAGCUUGUACGGGAACACGAGCUCCUCCUCCUCUCGAUUUCCUUGCCACGUGGUUAGCAUUAAGCAAUAGUUUUUGGAACCCGUUCCUGUACUGGCUCUUAAACAAUCACUUUAGGAGAAUAAGCCGAGAAAUUUUAUUUAAUAGGUUUAUUUGCAAGAAACCGAAUAAUCAAAAACAAGAUUCGUUCCAAAACUUCCAACAUCAACCCCAUUGCUGCAGCAAUAUCGACGGCAUCAUGGGGCACACACAGGGCUGUGAUUUCGAUGGUCUCUCCGAGAAAUACUGGGGUGAAAUCCUCGAGCGAACCCUCUCAUCGACCUCUCUGCACGCUCUCCAGAGAUCGUACUCGCAUCCGCAUAUGGAAACUUGCAACGGCUUGCAAGAAAUGAGGAUGUUUAAUGCUCCGGAUUUAUGAAAAUCGGAUAAGACCACACAGACUUUUAACCUGAUGGCUCAUGAGAGUAUGGGAAGUUCGUGCGAGACUGCCAUCGUAUCGAAAUAAAUUAUCGUGUGUGGUCACCUUUUUGUAUAAAUUUAUAGACCGAUUUAUCAUUAAGUAAACGUUUAAUACAAUAGUGUAGACAAUGGAUGGUAGCUUCCUUUCGAUAAAGAAAUAAAUUUAUGAUUCGUUUA